AUGUCUUCGUCUGGCCCCGUGCGCCAGACAGCCCUAAGGGCCGGCGGUGCCUGUGUGCGCUGCCGAAAGGGCAAGACCAAGUGUGUCUACGAAAAUGGACGCGCUCCUUGCCGGAACUGCGCAAAGGGAAUGCACGACUGCUAUCUUCCCUCUGAGUCGAAUGCUCACAUGCACGGCCAAACUCCUGCUCGUGCUGGCCCCAACCGACCUGCCCGCGAUAGCCUCCCUGGAUCGAGCGCCUCGGCCGAUUCUCGUAGCGCCCUUCCCGGCGCGUUGCCCUCUCGAGGAGCCCCGAGCAACACUGAGAAGAGCUCGCCGGCCAUUAUUCGACGAUACGGUGGCCAAAACGGUGCGACCGCCGCUGCCGAGCACUUUGCGAGCAAGGCCCUCGCCCGGAUUAACGAGACUCUUGACCAUCCGACCCUUGCCGACAUCCAGGCCCUUUGCCUAAUUGUCAUUCAUGAAUGGGGCUCGCGAAAUGCCGUCCGGGCCUACAUUUACCUCGGCCAGGCCGUCCGGAUGAUGCAGAUGCACCGCAUCCUCAACAGCCACCACGCCCAGCCCGAGGCCGAGCGGUUCCUCAAGGACGAAUCUUGGCGCCGUACGCUUUGGCUUAUUUACAUUCUCGACUGCCUGCUGGCUAGCACCCCGGGCCGAUACCCAGCCUUGUCUCCCGGCGACUACGCCGGCGUUCCACUGCCCUGCUCAGAUAUGAACUUUGCCUUUGGUAAUGCCGUCUAUGUUAAGACCUUGAUGCUGCAUGAACCUCUGGGCUUGCCCCCCGGUGCUCAGGUUGGCGAGAUCGGCGAAUUUGGCCACAUCGUUCUCGCCACCACCAUCUGGCGCGAUGUUGUGCAGAUGCUCACGAGCUCGAUGCAGUCGUUCAACGCCGAGACGUGCAUCCCUCUUAUUGCCUCGAUCGAUCAGCUCAGGGCGUCUCUGCCGAUGCAGUUCAUCGACAAGCCUGGCCAAGUCAACCUUCACAUUACUAUGGGUUCGGGCCUCACUUUCGCCAUGCUCCACUGCAUUCUCCAUUGCGCCACGAUCUUCCUCCACCGACGCCGAUUGUUGCAUUCGGUCACUACCGAGGGUGUCAAUAUUGACGAGUUCAAGCACACGCCCGUCUGCCACGAGAUUGUUGAUCGCCUUAUGGCUUCGUGCCAUAGCACCACGGCUCUGCUCGUGGCUCUUGAGCAGGGAUCUGACAAGGACUCAGUCGUCUGCUACCCCAUCUUCAUGCUCUUCUCCGCCUUUACGGCGAGCGCCACGAUUGCGUACCUCUCGCUCAAGGGCCUAACGCCUCCCAAUUCGAUCGAAACGGCCGGUAACAUAGUAAAGGACGGCCUUCACCUUAUGGAGGAGAGUGUCGAAAUUUGGCCCCUCAUUACCCCAUGGCUCCGACACCUCGCGGUUAUGCAGCGAGUGUUGAAGAGCGAGGCGAGCCAGGCUGCUACUAGCGGCACCAUUGGCGGCGUGGUGGCUCAGGAGCGAACCCCCGUCUCGGUUAAGGACGAGGCAGCGUCGAACCCGGACAGCGCCAUGGAGACAGGUGACGCGGACGGCGCGGCCAUCAACAACGCCAACUCGGUCGGCGGCAGUGCGCGAGGCGAUAGUGAGCCUCCCAUGGCCCGCAAGUCCGGAUUUACCACGAUCAACGGCGGAGGAUCCGCUACCCCCGCCACUGGCACCCCGCCCCCCACUCUCGGAGCUCAAUCCGACUCUGCGGCGGCUGCGGCGGCGGCUGCGGCUGCUGCUGCGGCCGCUGCUGCUAGUGCCGCGGUGCAACCCAAGUCGGAGGCCGAUGCCCCCGCCGAUAUGACUGCUGCGGAGCUGUGCUCGGCUUUCGAGCGACAGCUCAUGGAGUUGGAUGACCUGGCCGCCUUUAUGGGUGGCGGUGUUUAA